UAAAAGCCACAUUCCUGCUGGACUGUGAUCAGGACUCUAUGUAGCUGACUGUUUAUUGAUUCCUGGACAAGGGAUUGAGUCUUCAUAGAAGGGGAUCCAUACUCCCUUCCCUCCCACUCACAGAUGCCUGUCUCCUUAUGUGAUCUUCUCAACCAGUAGUGGAAAUGACAAUAAGUGCCCCUUAUAUUGCUCUGGAGGUGAUCAUCGCAGUACUGUCCAUUGUGGGGAAUGUACUGGUCUGCUGGGCAGUGGCCAUCAACAGCACUCUGAAAAAUGCCACCAACUAUUUCCUGGUCUCCUUGGCAGUGGCUGAUAUAGCGGUGGGGCUGCUGGCCAUUCCAUUCGCCAUCACCAUCAGCAUCGGCUUUGAGACUGAUUUCCACAGCUGCCUGUUCUUUGCCUGCUUUGUGCUGGUGCUGACCCAAAGCUCCAUCUUCAGCCUGUUGGCUGUGGCUAUAGACAGGUACCUGGCCAUCAAGAUUCCUCUCAGGUACAAGAGUCUGGUCACUGGAAAAAGAGCAAGAGCCGUUAUCGCUGUCUUUUGGAUCCUGUCCUUUGUCAUGGGCCUAACUCCGCUGAUGGGCUGGAACUGCAUGGAAGGAGACUGUGGUUCAAAUGAAACUAUAUCUGGCCGCAACAGAACGGUUUCCUGUUUGUUCGAAAAAGUUGUUACAAUGACUUACAUGGUGUACUUCAAUUUUUUUGGGUGCGUUCUACUUCCAUUGCUAAUCAUGCUGGGAAUAUACAUCAAGAUUUUCAUGGUGGCCCGAAAACAGCUGAGACAAAUUGAAUUGAAAUGUGUUGGUGCUGACACUUCAAGGACCACUCUUCAGAAGGAGGUAAAUGCGGCCAAGUCCUUGUCCAUCAUCGUGGGUCUCUUUGCUUUCUGCUGGUUGCCCAUCCACAUCUUGAACUGCAUCACCCUCUUUGACCCCGAGUUCCACAAAAGAAAGCCAGAGUGGGUCAUGAACGUGGCCAUCAUCUUGUCUCAUGCCAACUCUGUGGUCAACCCCAUCAUAUAUGCCUACAAAAUUAGAGACUUUCGUUACACCUUUCGCAAGAUUAUUUCUAAGAACCUUCUCUGCAAGAAGGAUAACUUCUCCAAGUUUCCCAACGGCAGCAUUGGGCAGGCCAGACAAACGCAUAUCAGUAGCGUAUCCGCUGCCAAUGUUUUCAUGUGACUGUUCGUGCCUUCAACUGGGUGAAGGAAUCUUCUGUUACUUGGUUUCCUGGACAUACUGAAUCUUGUGAACUUAUUGCUGAGACCAUGAAGGAUUUCCUAACUGGCCACUUUGCUGCUGCACUUUGUUAAUACGAAAUGUUCACCCUUCUUUUACUAUGAAGGUAUUACUGACAUUUCCAGUUUCUCUGCACUGUUGACAGUCUUACUAGUUUUAACGAAUCCAUGAGAUACCUACUCAUCAAUGCAUGUAAUAUGUUCAUUUAAAAACAUAGAUACAUUACUUAGAGGGCUGUGCACAUAAUCCCUAAACUGGUGUUUUCACAAGCUUAGAAUAAGCCAUUAAAAUUA